UGAUAAUAGUGAUUGUGUUGGAUUAUUAUAGCACAACCAGAACUAAAGCUACAUCCAUCCAGUUCAAAACCCAAGCCCUCUUCAAACUCUCAAACUACAUACAAACUAAACUCACCCCUUCUCUUCUCUCUCUACAAUGGAAGCUUUGGAUGAGUUUCUCAAUUUCUCUGAUGAAGAUGAAAAGACCAAAUUACCCUUAUCUUCUUCUCCCUUAUUCUCCUUUAAUGGACUCAAAGAUGAUGACCCACCUUCAGUUACUUUUGGACUUGGGACCAUGUCAUAUGGUUGUUCCUGUUCAGGAAUUUGUAGAGGAAGAAUUGGAAUGGUUAUCAAACAAAGAUGCAUUCCCAGCACUUGAAAGCUGCAUGGAUAUAAUAUUGGAUCAGAGUGCCAUUUUUCAGAGUGAUCAAAAUCACCUGAGUCCUGUAUCUGUGCUCGAGAACAGUGGUACGAGUUACAUUGGAAAUCUUAUGGUUCCUACCAGCUUCCCAGUUCGGGGGCGUAGCAAACGCACACGAAAAAGACGAAGAAGGUUCCCGGAGUUAUCUAUUCGGCAGCCGUGGCAGUGGAAUCAAAUGAGCAUGGAGGAUCUGAAGCAAGAACAUGAGAAUCCGUUCGUGUCAAAAACAGUCACCAGGGUUGCUACAAUUGGCAGGAAGUGUCAGCAUUGCCAAACAGAGCAAACCCCGCUAUGGCGUGCUGGUCCCAUGGGGCCGAAGACGUUAUGCAAUGCUUGCGGUGUGAGGUACAAGUCGGGGCGGCUUGUACCUGAGUAUCGUCCAGCUAGUAGUCCUACAUUUUCGAGCAAGUUGCAUUCUAAUUCUCACAAAAAGAUAAUGGAAAAGAGAAGGCAGAGUCAACUCAGCGAGAUGGUGGUGAAUGGAGUCUGUGGAUAUGGGGUUGGAUAGGGGUUAGUAGUUCUAUUCUUUUACAUUUCCCUAGCUUCACUAGGAGUUAUUGUUUGUUGUGAUGGGCUGAAAGUUUAGUGAACCAUAUCUGUUUGAUUGCGUAAACUAUAUUAGAGAAGUUCAACUAGAUGAAAAGGAAAAGUUUUGAUUUC